AUGAAACUUAAAGAGCAAAUACCGAAGGAUCUGUUACACUUGAUAAAACGUUCCAAGUACGUUCAUGUAGCGACAUGCUCAUCGAAUUUUAUACCAUCGGUUUCACUAAUGCAUUACAUAUUCGUUUCGGCAUCAGAAAUCUUCGAUAAACAGAAGGGCAGUAUAGACACAGAUCAUAAUGACUACAUUAUAUUUACGGUGUUUGAAGAAUCAGUAACGUUCAGUAAUGUUAUAGGUAAUCCAAAUGUUGCAUUACUGUUCCACGAUUGGAUCACAGCAAAGAAUUUGACUCUUCGAAAGAAAAGUAUACACAGCGAGAAUUGUCCAAUCGUCCAGUCGGAAUCUACAAGGUUGAACGAUUUUCUAGGAGAUUUUAAUCAAAGCGAAUUGAACCAGAUGAGCGCUACUGCUAAUGGCAUUGCCGACAUCGUCGACCCGGAUAGUGAAGAAUCUACUUAUUAUAGGCGGUUGUUAUUAACAGCUAACCCAGAUGCAGAUAUUUUCAUAUUGGGGGAAGAUACGGCCAUAAUAAAAGUUACAAUACAAAAAAUCAAAGUCUCUGAUAUGGAAAAUAAUACAUCUGUUUAUGGUCAAACCGAACAGCCAGUUUAA